GUAUCCUAAAUCACACUGAAUCUUGGAUUCGAAGACUUCAGGGAUGGAAAGUUUCUUCAAGAUGAUUCUUUUGCUUUUUUGCUUUAUCUUGAUAGUGAGGGUUACAGAGCUCCAUGCUGCCAGAGAUGAAUGCCAACCCACAAAAUGCAAUCACGUUACCAUCCGAUUCCCAUUCCGACUUAAGGGGCAGCAACAACCGGAAAACUGCAGCUAUCCUGGAUUUGAACUAUCCUGCAUGGAUAAAAAGCAAACUGUGCUAGAGCUGUCGCGAAAUGUGAAGUUUUUCGUGAAGCAUAUAGAUUACAGAGCACAGUGGAUUCAGUUAUACGAUCCCCAGGGAUGCCUCGCGCGGCAGCUUCUCAAUAAUUUAUCUGCAUCUCCCUUCCAGGAGGACAACAGACACACAAUCGGCCUUAACAUCAAUAUUCCUCAAGAAUACACAAUUUUCAAUUGUUCUGGCGAAGGACAAAUGCCAGAUAGAGAUGAAUAUCACACAAUUCCUUGCUUAAGCAUCCAAGGAUUCCAAGUUCUAGCUUUUCCUUCCGAUUAUCGUGCUGUUAGUUUGUUAAAUUGCACCAGAAAGUUAUUAAACAUUUCGGUAACAGAAGGGUUUGAAGGCAUGUUGUAUAACCGGGAGAAGGAUGUUCAGUUGAGUUGGUCCAAACCAAACUGUACCAUAUGUGAAGAGGAAGGCAGGAAAUGCAAACUGAAGAAAAAUAAUAGUACUACAGAGGACGAGACAGAGUGUUAUGGUAGAUCCAAGAAACAAAGAGAUAGGCCGAAACAACUGAUGGCUACAGGAAUAAUCCUAGGUUCCUGUCUUCUUGGAAUAAUUCUCUUUGCACUUCACCGCGUCAACCAUUCAUAUAAAGCAGAGAAAGAGGGCCAAAUCAAGAUUGAAAAUUUUUUGGAGGAUUACAAAGCUCUCAAACCCUCAAGAUAUUCUUAUGCUGAUAUCAAGAGAAUAACAGAUCAGUUCAAGGACAAACUUGGAGAAGGGGCCUAUGGAACAGUUUUCAAAGGGAGACUUUCCAAUGAUGUUUGGGUUGCUGUUAAGGUCCUCAACAAUUUCAGAGCGACUGCAGAAGAGUUCAUUAAUGAAGUGGGAUCAAUGUGUAGAAUCCACCAUGUCAAUGUUACUCGCUUGAUUGGAUUUUGCGCAGAUGGAAAUAAAAGGGCUCUUGUUUAUGAGUACAUGCCAAACGAGUCCUUAGAGAAGUUCAUAUUUGUAGCCAGGGAUGAAGAUCGUUUCCUCAGUUGGGAGAAGCUUCAAGAUAUUGCUAUAGGAAUAGCCAAAGGAAUUGAGUACCUACACCAAGGUUGCGACCAACAAAUCCUUCAUUUUGAUAUCAAGCCUCACAAUAUCUUGCUAGACCAAAACUUCAAUCCAAAGAUCUCUGACUUUGGUCUAGCAAAGCUAUGUUCCAAGGAACAAAGUGCUAUUUCUAUGACAGCGGCCAGAGGAACAAUGGGAUAUAUCGCUCCUGAGGUACUGUCUAGGAAUUUUGGAAAAGUGUCAUAUAAAUCAGAUGUUUAUAGUUUUGGAAUGUUAUUGCUAGAAAUGGGAGGAGGGAGGAAGAAUAUUGAUGUCACAGUGGAGAGUACGAGCCAAGUUUACUUCCCGGAGUGGGUAUAUAAUUGCCUGGAGAGAGGAGAAUUCGGGAUUAAAAUAGAGAAUAAGGGGCAUGCCAAUAUAGCAAGAAGACUUACAAUUGUUGGACUUUGGUGCAUUCAGUGGUACCCAACAGACCGUCCAUCAAUGAAAGCCGUGGUUCAAAUGUUAGAAGCAGAAGUUGACAAAUUAACAGUGCCACCUAAUCCCUUUGGCCAUGUAAAUGGCGUGCAGACAACAAGUGUCAAUAUCCCAAGGAAACCAAUUAAUAGAGAACUAGAAGUUAUCUUUGAAUGAGAAUAUUUGGAAUGUAUUCUACACAUAAGUAGUUCUUUUACUUUUCCUAAUGCGUCUAUUCGUAUAAAGUAAGGGCUUAAUAUUGAGUGUUGAAUGUUUUAUAAAAAUCAUUAAAGGGCUUGUAUAUUAACUUACUCUAUAUCAACCAAUGUAACAUGGAAUGUUUUAUAAGAAAGUGUUUCCCCUUUU